AGGACGUUCUCGUUGCCAUACUCCGAGACCUCCACACACUCUCGCUCGAUCAAUCAUCCCACCCGCCGUCACCGUCGGCUUCUCCAAAUCUCAUGCACUUACAGGGCCAAUCACCGAAUAUAUAUAUCACGUCGCCGACGUCCCCUUCACCGCUCGUCCCUCUCCAUGGACCGACGCCUCACUCUCAUCCUGCUUCCCGGAUGGGCCUUCCCACGCUUUCGAUCCCCACCGGAUCGGCGUAUGCGUUGCACACGCCAUCGUCUUCGCCAACGGGUUCAGACUAUCCGGGACCGUGUUUUACGCAACGAUCUUUCGUCCAACGAAGCCACGGCCACUCUCCCCAGCCCAGUAUCACGUUGACACCAGACGAUGAUGGCGGCCGUGGAGAUUGCAAGCGCCCUCGCGUGGACGGUGGUGCGUCUGUUGAGGGUAAUGUAGGCGUCAGCAUGGGAGUAGAGACGGGUGAAAUGGAAGUGGUAGCUAAUGCGGAGGAAGAUUCGAAAUUGCCCACCCCGUUGUCGCUCACCGGCACGCCGUGCUCACGCUUGGGGGGUGAUUCUGCGUCCAUGUGGCGUGCAGGCGGAGAUGGGAACGCGGGCGCAGGUAACACCUCGGCAGGAGGGGCCACCACGAACGGCCAAAAUGUGUCUGGUUGGGGCCGUGGUCGCAGCGGUAGUGGAUAUGGUCGGUGAGCCCAAUGUCCUUUGCUGUCAAUUGCAUCACCACUUGUU